CUCUCUUUCCUGAGCUCCCGGUUCCUUAGAAACCAGGCGGCGCGUUCCCGGUGGCAGCGCGCUGGAUUCCGGUGCCCGCGCGUCCCCGCCAACCCCUCUCACAGCCCGCCGGUGGCCGCCGAAAGCCGUCCCAACUCAUGGUUUCCCUUGCGGCGCGGAGCCCGCGAUACCAGCUUGCCAGACGCGGAAACCUAUGCUCCCCCAUCCUGUGCCGGGCAGAUCCCCUACCUGUGUGAGGAUGGACGCUUUGUGGACCAGAUGUGUGAGGUGUGGAAACCGCAGACAAAGGCCUUGUGGGAUAGCUGGUCGAUCCCCUUUUCAGAGUGAACUGGGACUUUUGGGGGUAAUCUUCACUUAAGGAAGAGCUGUUCGGAGAAAAGGUGUGAGAAGGGACACCCCAGAAGGUGUGGGUUGCCCUGCCAGCCCCCGAGUGCCCACUGGCCUCGCAGGUCCCACGUCUCCAUGGCCCUGGCCUGCCUUUGAAGCGCAGUAAAGAAGCAGUUGGACUUGUGAAGACAAAAGGAGCCAUGUUUGACCAGGACUGUGGGAAGGUCGUAUCCAUGCUGGAGGCUCUUGUGAGGAGAUGAGUUGGUGAACAGAGAAGCCAGGAUGAAGAUGCUCCCAGGUGUGGGCGUGUUUGGGACCGGCAGCUCUGCCCGAGUUCUGGUCCCACUGCUGAGGGCAGAAGGGUUCACCAUCGAGGCCCUGUGGGGGAAGACAGAAGAGGAGGCGAAGCAACUUGCUGAGGAGAUGAACAUUACCUUCUAUACCAGCCAGACCGAUGAUGUCUUACUGCAUCAAGACGUGGAUCUGGUGUGCAUCAACAUCCCCCCUCCACUCACCCGGCAAAUAUCUGUGAAGGCUCUAGGUAUUGGGAAGAAUGUGGUUUGUGAGAAGGCAGCAACCUCAGUGGAUGCCUUCCGGAUGGUGACAGCCUCACGCUACUACCCACAGUUGAUGAGCCUGGUGGGGAAUGUGCUGCGCUUCCUGCCUGCCUUCGUGCGCAUGAAGCAGCUGAUUGCGGAGCACUAUGUGGGCGCUGUGAUGAUCUGCGAUGCCCGCGUCUACUCGGGCAGCCUGCUUAGCCCCAGCUAUGGCUGGAUCUGCGAUGAGCUCAUGGGCGGCGGGGGCCUGCACACCAUGGGCACCUACAUUGUGGACCUGCUGACCCAUCUGACUGGCCGGAAAGCAGAGAAGGUGCAUGGGCUGCUCAAGACCUUUGUGAGGCAAAAUGCGGCCAUCCGUGGCAUCCGGCAUGUCACCAGUGAUGACUUCUGUUUCUUCCAGAUGCUCAUGGGUGGGGGUGUGUGCAGCACAGUGACACUCAAUUUCAACAUGCCAGGCGCCUUCGUGCAUGAGGUCAUGGUGGUGGGCUCUGCAGGGCGCCUUGUUGCCCGGGGAGCUGAUCUCUAUGGGCAGAAGAAUUCUGCCACGCAUGAGGAGCUGCUACUGAGGGACUCGCUAGCUGUGGGCACAGGGCUGCCCGAGCAGGGACCCCAGGAUGUCCCACUGCUCUACCUGAAGGGCAUGGUCUACAUGGUGCAGGCCCUGCGCCAGUCCUUCCAGGGGCAGGGUGACCGUCGCACCUGGGACCACACCCCUGUCUCCAUGGCUGCUUCAUUCGAAGAUGGGCUGUAUAUGCAGAGUGUGGUGGAUGCCAUUAAAAGGUCAAGCCGAUCAGGGGAGUGGGAAGCUGUGGAGGUGUUGACGGAGGAGCCCGACGCCAACCAGAACCUGUGCGAGGCGCUCCAGCGGAAUAACCUCAGCUCUGAGCCUGCCAUGGAUCCCUCACCGUCUAAUGGGCCACACAGCCUCCUGCCACUGUCCUGCCCUCAUCUCCUCGUUUAUAGCCAAAUCCCAGGGACCCUCCAAAGGAAUGGUUUUUCCUCAGAGAACAGGACUCAAGACUUCCUGUUGGGGUCUUGUGGGGCCUACCUUUCAGGGACAUCAUGGGAGAGUUUGAGCUGGAAGUCAGGAGGAAUUCUGUUCCUGAAACCAUGGCUUUGGCUCCAAGGGAGUCCUGGGACAAGGGAAGUGAGAAGUGGUUCCCAGGAGGCUAGAGGGGAUGGACUUGAGGACAAACAGUUCUGUACAGCCCCUUGGAGCAAGUUUAGCCAACUGCUGCCUGACCCAGCCAGCCAGUCACCGGCCUUGCUUUCAUUGACUGCAGUCUUCACAGGGACGCCUUUCGGCAACCUAAGUCGGACGUGGGUGGGGUGUUGGGAAAGGAACAUCCAUUCCCUUUGUUUCCUUAUCUCACUUUGCCAGACUGCCAAGGUUGUUAAGCCUGGACCAAACUCUGUUCCCUUCUCCAGUCUUCCCUCUCUCUGCCCUUGCUCUGGGCUCCUUGCCAGAAAGGCUCAGAGGACUUCCCCCUCCUCUUGGCACCCCUUAUAGAAAUCACCAGGCCUGCUUUCCUGUAUUGUAUUUGUUUCAAAUAUUGUCCUUGUAAGAUAAAAUAACAGUGGGUAAUAUUUAGUGUGCUUAUUGCCCACUGGGUCCCCCAGGAAAAACACUUCAUGUGUAUUACUUCAUUUAAUCUCCAAACAAUGCUGAAGUGGUACUAUUAAUAUUCCCAUUGUUCAGAUUAGGAAACUGAGGCACAGAGGGGCAAAAUUACUAGUCUUCUAUAAACCAGGACCAUCGACUACAGAGCCUCACCCUGAACUACACUUUACCCUGACACUUGUGAAUUGGAUUCUUGAGUGUCCAGGCAUCGUCCCUUCCCACUGGGGUCCCCGUCCAGGCUGCUGCCUCCUCCCUGCUGCUAGAAUCCCACCCUGGCCUGAGCUAGGAGUGGAAUACUGAGAGGGCCCAUUGCUUGGAUAGGAUGCUGACAGAGUUGAGAGGUAAAGAGGGAGAGGCUACCCUCUUGCCCUUGGAAAUGAUCAUCUCAGCUUCAGGUCAUAGCUUUUGGCCAUCUAUGUCUGUGCCACUUCAAGACCCAUCUCCUUGAGCCUCAACUAGGGUGGUGAGGGCCCUCCUAAAUUGGGGAAUUGAGCCAGAAAACACAUCCACUGUACCUGACUCAUUCCUACACAAGAAAGGACGUGUUGCUGACCCAGAGUGGCACUUAGGGUUUAAAGGACUGUGCUGCAAACUCCUGUCUACAAUGAAGUCCCAGAAGUCCUGGGGCAGCUUGUAGUGGGCUCAGUGCAGUGCCACUUUCAUGAGGACCCCAGAUCCUCUGAUGGCACUCCCAGAGCCUAGCCCCCCUCUCCCCCCCUAUUCCGCAGACAUCUUUACCAUCCAUACAUCUCUUGGGUAUCCAACUGGUCAGUCCCACAUUGGGGAGGAGAUGGGCCUUGAAGCAGCACAGAUGCAUGUGUCCAAAGAAGCCAGAAGGGUUCUGGUUCCCAGGGGUGACUGAGCCCGCAACUCUGGUUCCAGCCUUGUCCUGCAGCACCCCCUCCUGGAGGAAGGCAGCAUCACCACCUCCCAGGACCUAUUUUCUAAAUCUUAAGGAUGCCAGCCAGCUCUUCUCCGGUCAAAGAAAAUAAGGUUCUUCUAGGCCAGUGAAAAUGUAGUGCACCUCUUAGCUUUUCCCUCUGAUACAGCAACCUGAGGAGAACAUCCAAAAUACCUGUUGCUUACUCUGAAACCCCCGACCAAAUCUAGAUCUCAUACUAGCCCAGACAAUGGCAGUAGCCUCCCCACCUUUCUGUCUUCUUGUCUUCUUCCCCAUUCUGUCCUUCACACUACAACCCAAGCAACCUCUCCAAAAUUUAGAUCCCCCUUUGCCUAUACCCCUCCUCGUCACUCCUCACUCCUAGACUGGCCAAACCUGGACUCCCGAUGGCCUUGCCCUCUGCUUCAGCCACGCUAAGCGGCUUUCCCGCAUAGGGCUGGCUUCUCCCACCCUAGCAGACUUCAUCCCUGAUAUAUGCUCUAUCUGGAAGGCCACUCGGCUCUCUCCUUCAGGACUCAGCUGGAGGGCUGCCGCGACCAUUUCUCCUCCUCCCCCAGGCAGAGAGGCAGUCACCCCCAUCACCUGUGGUCCUUGGCUCUCCUGUGACGUCUCCUUGAAUCAUCCUGCCUCAGCAUUUUCUCUUUAGAAUGAGCUUCUAGGAUCGGUAGUGGUUGGGGACUUGUUCCUUUCUGUGUCUCCCAUUACCAACCCCCAUUUAGACAAGCCUGCCAGGUAACAGCUAUUAGUAAAUGUAGAACAUUUCCUCUUCUAUGAUCAUCUCAGGGUAUUUCUGACUUCAUCUGUGAGGGGAAGAUCAGGGACCAGAACUUCCUUAUCAGUGCUGGCCUUACCACACUUCAGCCCUGGAGACCACACGGAGAAAGCAGAUUCUCUGCCUUCUUGGGAUCAGGCCUUACCUGGGAGCCCCCAGAUCCACAGAUUCUGCAGGACUCAGGAAAGGGCAGGGCCUCCCUUGAUCCUAGGGUGUGGUCUCAUACAAAGGCCACUUCUGCCCAGAUGCUUCCUAGGUCAUAGAGUGAGCAGGUCAAACUCAGUCAUCUUGUAGGGCGCUCUACCUCUGGAAAAUUCUGAGGAUCUGAGCUCAGCCCUAUGGACAAGAUUCAGUGUCGUGGCUCCUGUGGACAGUAUCUCCUGGUAGGGUGAAAUCCCUAAGGAAAAGCGUGGGCAGAAAGAAGGCCUGCCCCGUGGCCUUGCCAUGGGGCCAGUGAGUAUCCAAGCAACCUCUAAAGGAGGGAGCAGCCUGGGAUGAUGCCAGGAAAGGAGACCAUGCCCUUUUCCCUCCUGCUUCCUCCACCCAGGGCUACCUUCGGAUGACCCAACCAGGCCAGGCCAGUCCGGGUUCUGGACUUCGGAUAGCCUCGGCCUUUCAGAUCCUGAUCUCUCUGCAGCUUCCUCAGCUCCUCAGCUUGGUCUGAUCUGGGAGCCUUGGUGGGGACCUCAGCUAGGCAGAUGCAAUGCAACAAUGUUGCCCUUGGGGAGUUCGCAGGCUAGUCAGUGGAGGUGGAUGUAGAUGCUACAAUACAAGGGCAACACUGGGCACUGCUUGGCCAUGCAGGAAGUGAGUGCCCUGAACCAGGUGGAGGGAUGAGGGAAUAAAAGGUCUUUUAGGCAGGGGAAGCCCCACAUCACAAGAAAAGAUGGUGCUGGUCAGAGAAUUACAGGAAGCCACUGAAAAGUUUUGAAGCAACUGGGGCAAGAGAGGCAUGUGCUAGAGGGGAGUCACACCAUCAGAGGUUCGGGUGCUUGUGUAGUAGGGCCACUGGGUGGAUUGAUGGGGUAAGAGGCCAUAGGCAGGGAGAAUAGUGAGGCUCUCUCCAGGAGAUGACAGUGGCCCAAACAAGGGUGCUCUCUGUGGGUUCUGAGAGGUUCUCAGUCUGAGGGUAGAUUCACUGGCCUUAAUGCCUGAUUGUAGGAGAGUAGGAGGUAAAGCAGGUUAGAGAGAGAAGAGAUUUUUCAUUUAAUUUGGAGUUCCCUGCAUCUGAGGUGUCUGAGGGAUACACAGGAGGAUCAGGAUGUGAGGGUUUCCAAAAUGACCAGCAAUGGCCAGCUCUUCCCAGAGGCCCCUGAAGACUGGAAGCAGCAUGCACUGGUGGUUUGGCUGCAGGGUUCCUUGGAAGAACAUUCACAUCCACUGCUGCCCCCUCUCUUAGUUUCCUCAGGCUGCCAUAAAAAAGUACCACAACUGGGUAGCUUAAAACCACAGUUUAUUGUUUCAGUUCUGGAAGCUAGAAAUCUGAAAUCAAUGUCAGCAGAACCAUGCCCUUAUAACCUGUAGAAGAGAAACCUUCCUUGCCUUUUCUAGCUUCUAGUGGUUGCCGGCAGUCCAUGGUGUUCCUCGGCUUGUAGCUGCAUCACUCCCAUCUCUGCCUCUAUCUCCAUAUGGCCAUCUUCUCUCUGUGUCCUCUCCUCUUCUUAUAAGGAAACCACUCAUAUUGGGUUAGGGGUCUGCCCUGCUUCAGUUGGACCUCAGCCUGAUGUAAUUCUAUCUGCAAUGACUAUUUCCAAAAAAGGUCACAUUCAUGGGACCAGGGGUUAGGACUUGAACAUGUCUUUUCAGGGGGACACAAUUCAACCCACAACAUCCUGCCUCUCAGGAAAAAGGCACCAAUGCCCCUGCCACCAGGGGCCACUCCUUGGGCAAGGGCUAGUCCAGCUGUGGUCUGGCGAUGUGCAAAAAGUGUCCCAAAGCCAGCUAUUCUAGGGGCAGGCGAAUGAACUUUGUCAUCUCACAGGGGGCGGGGGAGGGAUCCCAAGUGCUGGUCCCCGAGAGGUCACACCAAAUGCAGGCCCCCUCCCUGGGAGAUAGGAGUAAGGCCAAGCACCUGCUUCCCAUGCCCUGACAAACCCACCCUUUCUCUGCCCCAAGUUCCCCCCUAGUCACCUCCCUUGCUAUCCCCUACUGUUACCCUGCUUGACCUGCAGAUUCAUCUGGGGAGCUUUUAAAUACACAGAAUCCAGGCCCCACCCUUGCAGACUUUGAUUAAAUCAGUUCCGGGGUGGCACCAGGAACCUAUUUUUGUUAAGUUCCCAAGUGAUCCAGAUGACCAGUCAGACUUCAGACCAUACACUGGGGAAUCCUCCACCCUUCUCCCUCUUUGGGUGUCUUAUUUGGGGAAUCACAAAGUCUGAGAAAACGAAAUAUAUUUAUUGUUAGCAAGCCCAAGGUCCCACCAUGUAGGGUCAGGAGCUCAAGGCCACACCCUACCCCCUUUCCUGAGGGCCUAGGCCCAUAGGCUGCUGCUCUGGUUCAGGCUUGAGGGAGGGGCAGCCACCAGUGAGGUGGGAUAGUCACUUGUGCUGAGGAGAGAGUGGGGGCACAAGUGGGGCAGUGCACACACUCAGCAUCUUGUCGAUGUCCACCUGGGUCGAUUUAUCCACCUCAGCCUUUAGCUGGCUGCUGGCCCUCAAGCUGGGUAGAAGCCCAGGCUCCUCUCCAGCCUCCUCUGUCCGGGGAGCCAGAGCGUGGGUGGGGGGCAUUAAUGUACUGGGGCAGGACAAAGCAAGGCCUGAGCCCAGCUCACCUGACAUGGGCAGCAAGGCCUGCAAUUGCUCCACUCCUGCCUCAGGGACCAUAGCCAACUCUGGCUCAGGCUCCGGCUCCGCCUCAGCCUCCCUGUCCCCCUCCUCUGCCUGGUUCAGCUCAGGAUUGUAAUAGUUGAUGUACUGGUACAGGGGCCGCAGGCGCUGGGCCUUUCCUGCAAGGACCCGGGGCAGGAAAGAGGCUGGAGCACCAAGCUGUGCCAUGUCAGGGGGCCCAGUAAGCAAGGGGAAAAGGGAAGGCCCAGGGGCUGCCACUCACGCUCCAGCCCCAAGGUCUCUGAAGAUGCAGGCACUGUGCCAGCUGUAGCUGGGAGUGCUGAAGUCCCCAGAGUCUUGCGCUUCUUGGCUUUUUUGUGCUGUUUGGGAGAUGGUGAGAGCUCACUCUGGCUGCCCUCCGGCUCCU